CUCAAUGGUUCUGACGUCAUCGCAUUUAGUCCCCGGUCUUCUGCAAGCAAGCAGAGCAAUAAUGCACAGGGAAAUUCUUCCACUCCUGGUGCCCCAAAAGCGAACUUUGGAAAUUUGAGAUUCAGACACGGCUCAAGCGCCAGAUACGAUUCUGACUUUGCCAGAGACCAAGUCUGGGUCUCCAUUUCUGGUCAAGUAUGUUCUCAAUUUGUGGAUGAGCUUCCAGAAUUGCAUGAGAUCUAUUCCACCACUCCCAAAAGCGAACAGACUGCUUCUGUUGCUACACCACAACGGAGUCGGCAUACCGAGACCGAGUCACCUGCCGCCUCACUUACUGCCCCUUCAAACCUAUCAGCCAUAUCUGAAGAUUUUGGCGGCGCUCCAUCCGCAUCGUGGAUACCUCGAUCAGCACUUUCAGAACCCCAACCUACGUCACCGGCCAAAAGGCGGUGUUCCAAUAAAACCGACAGAUCUUCAUUCCACUCACUUAGCCAGACUUCUGGCAUACUUUCCACCUAUCCACAGAGUAACAGUAGCUUUGCAGGAUCCCCAAUAGGACAUGGGGAUGCUAUCGAUUCUCUUCUACGAGCGGCAGACUACUCCGACCAUCAUAGGCCGCAUCAACCCGAAUUACCUAGCUCUCCUCGACAAACUCAAAUAUCUCCCUACGAUGAAAUCGACCAUUCCAUGUCUCGGGCAUGGCCUGAGGUUCGCAUCCAGGAGGCCUGUCUUAUGCGAUACUUCAUCGAUGAACUAGCUUGCUGGUUUGAUCUUUGCGAUCCGGAACGCCAUUUUGCUCUUGUUGUCCCACAGAGAUCUCAACACUGCCCGGCUCUUUUAAAUGCCAUCUAUACGGCGUCAGCUCGGCACCUGUGCCGUCUUGAUCAGUACAAGAAAGAUGGUUCCGUAGAGUAUCUCGAAAAUCGGCUACCAGAUCUGCACAUGGAAACGGCCGUGGAGUAUCACAGUCGAUCCAUUGAGCAUCUAGUUGCCGUUUCCCAUGAUUCUGAGGCAAUAUUCGACGAGAAUCUCCUCGUUGCCUCGAUAAUUCUGCGCUUCUACGAAGAAGUGGAUGCACCAUUGAAUGGUGGAGACUGGGAAACUGGUCUUCAGGGGACUCAGGUCUUCAUCGAAGCACAAGCUUCUUCAGGCCAUGCCAGCAGUCUCCGGCGUGCUGCCUUUCGUGUAGCAUGCCGCCAAGAAGUGUAUAUGGCGUUUACAAAACAGCGUCCAUUUUCCUUGCCACAGCACGACUGGGAUGACUAUCGGUCCCUCGAGCCGACAGACGAUCACACAUGGGCCCAUCGAGUAGUCGUUCACUGUGCAGAUGUCCUAAUGUACUGCUACGGAGAACAUCGAUCCAAUAACAGCGACUAUGAUGCUUCGGUGGAAUACCACGCUAGCUGGGACAGAUUACGCCCCAAGUCUUUCGAGCCGAUCUACAGAAGGCCUGCUGACCCAUCCAAGGGCGAGGUGUGGCCGGAACUGUGGUACUUGAGUGAUUGUCAUGUCACUGCGGUGCAGCACUUGGACCUAUCUAAGAUCCUGCUUACGGUGUAUGAUCCACGAAUACCACGACUGGGUCCCUCGCACCGUACCGCCAUCAAGCGCAUAGAAGCCGAAGUAAACGAGAUUGUGAAACGGCUUUGUGGGGUAGCUAUAUCCAAUAGACGCGCCCCACCCGCGAUGAACACGGCGUGCAUGGCUAUUGCAAUGUGUGGUGACCAGUUCACCGAUCCUAAAGAGCAGCAGAGCAUUUUGGAUCUUUUGGUAUAUACAGAUACGAAGCAUGCAUGGCCUACCAAAGAUAUACAGAAUAGGCUGAAGGAAGCUUGGGGUUGGAUGGUUUGA